UGCCCUGAAAUCAAUUUCGUUGAACAGAAGAUGGACAACUUUUUGGCUAAACUAAACUAUCCUCCUGGCAUAAAUGCGACUAUAGCCAGAAGGAUACUUCCACAACUGUCUGCGUUCUACUCCCUCGACAUGUUGUAUAAACUAUCAGACCUGAUGCGAGUGGAACAUCUCCUGGACUACAAUAGUAUUACUGUGGAGACAGCUGGGAGAUUACUUACCGCUACCUGUGAAGAGACGCUUAUCAAAUGCCGCUGGAAUCGCCGUUUAGUCAACUGUUCAGAUUUGUUCGAAAUGGAGUUCACAGGAGAUGGUUUCUGUUGUGUCUUCAACGGGAGAUCAUUGAGAAGAGAAAUGGAGAACCACGAAUUGAACAUAAAGCAAACGUUAUCAAGGAAGAAGUGGUAUACAAAACUGUUCGGAUACACCAGUGGCCUGAUGCUGGCCAUCAACCAGAGCCAGACUCUUACAUCUGUUGACCUUUCUUAUAAAUGGGUGGCUCUUCAGACAGGCAAUUACUUCGUUGACGUUACCAUGAAUGGAACAGCUGUGAGUCCUGGAUCUGAGCACUGGAUCGCCUACUACACGACCGGCUAUCAGAUAGCUUUAGGAGCUAAAACACUUCACCCGUCACUUAGGAAGUGUAACAUGGCAUCAGAAAAGUUAAAGUACUUUCCGAAGUAUAGCCAGAAGUACUGUACAUUAGAGAAGGAAAUAGCGAAUACUUUGGACAAGUGUAAAUGUGUCCGGAGCAACCAUCCAAAACCUCCUGGUGCGAUGAGAUGCCGAGCGGCUAUGCUGCGCUGUGCCACACAGGCCAUGGUUGCGUUUGACGCCUUGAGCACCGACUGUCCUAUGACGUGUGACACCAAGAAGCCCACUAUGAAAGCCUCGAGGUUUGUCCUCGACGAGACAGUGAGCACUGUAGAACCAUUCUACCAAGGCUUGAACUUCAAGAAAGUGACAGUAGUGCGGGUGUUCAUACAGAGUCGCAAGCGACCCACGGUGGAGCGCUGGACAUACUACGACUACAUAGAUUUGUUCUCUCAGCUAGGUGGGAUGUUCAGCGUGUUCUUCGGAUGCAGUGUGCUGACAUUGUUAGCAUUACUACAAAUCAUCUGGCGUGCGCUCUACAGACGGUGUCUACAAUUUUGGAGUUCCACCAAGUAG